CCACCACCACCACCACCACCAUCACCAUCUCAACCUUUUAUCUCACCUCCACCAUUGAUAUCUCCACCACCACCAACACUACCUUACAUAUCAAAUUCACCACCUCCACCUAACUUAUCGACACCCCCUCCUAUAGCAUCAUCCUCAUUGCAGCCACCACCACCGCCAUUGCCGCCCCCGCCGCCGCCACCACCAUCCAAUUCAAAUGCAACUCCUCCACCUCCCUCUACUUCUCCUCCUCCUCCUCCUCCUCUUCCUCCUCCUCCUCAAGCUACAAAUCCAAAUCCCUCGCCAUUGUCAAAUGAUUCAACUAUAUCAAUUCCACCACCUCCACCUCCUCCAAAUCCAUCCCCUCCACCUAGCUCACCUUCAUACUCAAUACCUCCUCCUCCAUUAAUACCUCCUCCUCCAUCAAUACCUCCACCAAUGUUUGUUCAACCGCCUCCCAUAAAUCCAAAUAUAGCCCCUCCUAUCAAUAACAAAGAAUCGCCGCCGCCACCACCUCCACCUCCACCAACUCGAACACUUGCUCCAAUUUCUCCAUCUCCCCAUCAUGUGCCUCCACCUUAUCCACCAACCAUGCAUAGUCCUCCUCAUGUUCAUACUAAUGGCACUACAAAAUCUAACUCUUCUUCUAGUAUUUUUCCUCAUUCGAGAACUUCAAAGAGUUCAAAUGUAACUGAAACUACUGGAACCGGGACUUUAGUUGGAAUAACCGUUGCCGGAGUGCUAGUUUUCAUCGCAAUUUUCUUUAUAGUCCUCAGGAAGAAGAAGGGAAGAACAUAUGGUUCUACAAGUCCAUAUGAUCAAUCUCUCAGUCAACCCACUCUACCAAAUAACAGCGGUUCGAAUAAGAUAGCAUUAUCACCUACAAUGCAAGCCUCAUACAAUCGUCAAGUUCAUACAUCGGAUACCAUUGAGCCGCCAGGAUCUAGGCAUUGGUUUACAUACGACGAGUUAAAAUCCAUAACAAAUGGAUUUUCUCAUGAAAAUCACAUCGGUCAAGGUGGAUUUGGGUCUGUAUAUAAGGGUACAAUGUCUGAUGGGAGGCAAAUUGCUGUCAAACAACUUAGGGCUGGUAGUGGACAAGGCGAUAAGGAAUUUAAGGCAGAAGUGGAGAUCAUUAGUCGCGUACACCAUCGCCAUCUUGUUUCUUUGGUGGGCUACUGCAUAGCUGAACAUCAUCGCCUUUUGGUUUAUGAAUAUGUUUCUAACAAAACUUUGCAGCAUCAUUUGCAUGGAGAAGGUCUACCGGUUCUCGAUUGGGCAAAGAGAAUGAAAAUUUCUCUAGGAUCGGCUCGUGGACUAGCAUAUCUUCAUGAAGACUGUCAUCCUCGUAUCAUCCACAGAGACAUCAAAUCGGCUAAUAUCCUCUUAGAUGAAUCUUUUGAAGCUCAGGCAAUAUUAUAUCUUCAUGAUCAUUUUUGA